CUCCCCAGAAUCCAGGAAGCAAUGGGAAGAUCUCCCUGUUGUGAUGAGAUCGGCCUCAAGAAGGGCCCCUGGACUCCUGAAGAAGACCACAAGCUCAUCCAAUACAUCCAAAAGCAUGGCCACGGCAGCUGGAGAGCGCUGCCAAAACUUGCUGGACUCAACAGAUGUGGCAAGAGCUGCAGACUUAGAUGGACGAACUACUUGAGGCCAGACAUCAAGAGAGGGAAGUUCUCCUCUGAGGAAGAGCAGACCAUUCUCCAUCUCCACUCCAUCCUUGGCAACAAGUGGUCAGCAAUCGCAACACACCUCCCAGGCCGCACUGACAAUGAGAUUAAGAACUUCUGGAACACCCAUCUAAAGAAGAAGCUGAUCCGUGUCGGCAUCGACCCAAUAACCCACCGGCCAAGGACCGAUCUCUUUGCCAACCUGCCCCAACUUAUGGCCCUCGCAAGCCUCGGAGGUCUCAUGGACUACCGCUCAUUGGAUGACCAGUUACGUGCGGAAGCUGCUAAGUUGCAAUUGGCCAAUCUCCAGUGCCUUCAGUACCUUCUCCACUCUUCAGCUGCGAUCAAUAAUAGUUCCAAUGGCAACACCCUUGGCAGAAUUACUGGUGAAAUAGAUACUAUAAACUUCUCCAACCAACCUCUUCCUACCCUCGCUUCAAAUCCUUCUCACGGCCCCUUCACACUAGUUAAUGCUCAAACUCAACUUCCCCACCUGUCAGAGAUUUCAUGCAGUUUGGAGCAGCCUUUGGGCAAUGACACCAAAGAGGGUUCCACGUUUAUGGACUUCAGCCAGGGAGAGAGCAAAGGCCUUUCAACACCAGUGGUAUCUCCUCAUCCUUCAACUCUUCCUCCUUCUCUAGCUGAUGCCUCGAUGGGCAGUGGAGAUGCUUGUAGCUCUUCUAGCCAUGGCGGGAGUGUCGGUACUACUCCAUUCUGGCCCGAGCUCUUGUUUGAUGAGCCCCUUAUGUCUGAGUUUGCUUGAAACUUUUGUGUUAUUUUCGGGAGUUUAAGAGGAGGUACACCACCCUCUCUGUUGUAUGUACAGUGUUAUUGGCUCUCAUCAUGCAUUGCUUGCAAGCAGUAACUGUGUGCAUCUCCUAGUCAAUUACUGGUACACGUCUAUGGACGCAAAGAAGCCACUUAAUGA